AUGGUUCAUUCCCACGGAUACAAGUGUGGCACCCGCCACCUUUUUGCGAAAAAGUUCCGCAAGCAUGGCGUUCCAUCUGUGAGCACCAUCCUGACGAACUUCAAGGUCGGGGACUACGUUGAUGUUGUGGCGGACUCCGCCGUGCGCGCUGGUAUGCCACACAAGUACUACCACGGCCGCACGGGUAUUGUCUGGAACGUUACUCCUCGUGGUGUUGGUGUGAUUGUCAACAAGCCGGUUCGCAACCGCACAGUCCGCAAGCGCAUCUGCGUGCGCUUCGAACACGUGCGCAAAUCGCGCUGCCAGGAGGCCUUCAAGCAGAAGCAGAAGGAUUUCUUGGCCUUCCAGGCGGCGAAGAAGGCCGGCAAGCCUCUUCCUCCCUUGAAGAGAAGCUCCCGCAACGGCGGUAUCGUUCGCGCGAAGAGAGUGGAGGUGCUGGCCCGCCGUGCUGCCGAGUACGAGGCCAUGAUCCCGUACUGA